UGUACAUUCUUGGCUCUUGAGUUUUUAGCACCAGCGCUUCCUGGUUACGCGUCCAGGAAAUUAUUCCAAAGACUCAAUUCUGUUUGUAAUUAUGAAUUUAAAAUAAAGCUCAUAUAACACAUAGGCGCUCUAAAAUUGACUAUUUAUUUUUGUCGCGUUACUGUGUCAAUGGAGAAACACUCCCGGAUGGUAACAUAGGCCAUUUUACUGACAGAUUUCAAGACGUGCGCCACGUCAGUGCCUCUUCGAAGGACACAGGAUUCAGGGGGACGGACGGGAUUGGUUCGGAAAUUAAAUCUCGUAUCAGUUGAUUGGAACUACAAAUAAACCACCGUCAGCCUGGGAUUUGCCUGAUAAAACUUUCGGACCCCGCAUCUGGGAGUUCACAAAGCAGCCAAAAUGACAGCGUCAAAUUGGGGUCUGAUCAUGAACGUGGUCAACAGCAUCGUUGGAGUCAGCGUGUUGACCAUGCCUUUCUGCUUCAAACAGUGUGGCAUAGUGUUGGGCACCAUCUUGUUGUUUUUCUGCUCCUGGAUGACCCAUCAGUCCUGCAUGUUUCUGGUCCACUCUGCCAGCAACACCAAACGCAGGACGUAUGCAGGCCUAGCUUUUCAUGCCUAUGGGAAACCAGGAAAAGCUCUUGUAGAACUGAGUAUGAUUGGCCUGAUGUUGGGGACGUGUAUCGCGUUCUAUGUGGUCAUCGCUGAUCUGGGAUCCAAUUUCUUCGCUCAGAUGCUUGGCAUGCAGGUGACAGGUGGGUUCCGUGCUCUGCUCCUGGUGGCCGUGUCCCUGUUCAUCGUUCUGCCGCUCAGCCUGCAGCGGAACAUGAUGUCAUCCAUCCAGUCCUUCUCCGCCAUGGCGCUCAUGUUCUACACGUUCUUCAUGUUCACGAUGGUGCUGUCCUCCUUCAAACAUGGCCUGUUCACAGGCGGCUGGCUUGAGCUGGUGCGGUACGUGCGCUGGGACGGCGUCUUUCGCUGCCUCCCCAUCUGCGGCAUGGCAUUCGCCUGUCAGUCGCAAGUUCUGCCCACCUAUGACAGUCUGGAUGAGCCAUCAGUCAAGAGAAUGAGCACCAUCUUCACCUCCUCGCUCAAUGUGGUCACAACCUUCUACAUCACAGUGGGUUUCUUUGGCUAUGUGAGCUUCACAGAGACCAUCGCGGGGAACGUGCUGAUGAACUUCCCGUCUAACCUGGUGACGGAGAUGAUCCGCGUGGGCUUCAUGAUGUCUGUGGCCGUCGGCUUCCCCAUGAUGAUCCUGCCCUGCAGACAGGCCAUCAACACCAUGCUGUUUGAGCAACAGCAGAAAGAUGGCACCUUUGCUGCUGGUGGAUAUAUGCCCCCCCUGCGCUUCAAAGCCAUCACCCUCUGCAUUGUCUUUGGCACAAUGCUGGGGGGCGUCCUCAUCCCCAACGUGGAAACCAUCCUGGGUCUAACAGGAGCCACCAUGGGAAGCUUGAUCUGCUUCAUCUGCCCAGCUCUCAUCUACAGGAAGAUCAUGAAGAAUGGACUUACUGCUCAGCUGGUGUUGUGGGUGGGUCUGGGCAUCCUGAUCAUCAGCACCUUCACCACCCUCUCCAUGUCCAGCAGCAGCUCCCCCCCGGUGCACCCCCGGCCCCCGCCCGCCCCCAAGGUCCAGGACCCGCUGCCCGCCGCCGUCAAGCCCCCGGAGCUGCCCAAGAUCCCCGGGAAACCAGUGAUGGCUGUGGAACCCGCUGUGGAUCUCGACAGACCCAAGCUCCCCGUGAAGAGGCCAGGGGAGGAGCGCCCCAACCCGCCCGCCGAGGGCCUGCGCCCAGCGGGGGGGCAGGAGCCGGGCGAGGCUCCCCAGAUCAAGGGCCCCGUGGAGGUCCCCAACGCCAAGACCAAAGGGGAGGAGGUGCAGGUGGACCGACCUGAAGCAGGCGUGGCGGUGGCGGACGGCGAGGCGCACCGUCACGAGCCGCCCAUCCCGCAGGACGAGGUGAAGGUGGACAACAAGAAGAACCGCGAGGAGCUCGAGGCGGAGGAGGAGAAGCGCCAGGAGGAGGACGAGGAGGCGCCGGGGGCCGGCCAGCACCAGGACGCAGUGGAGGAUGCUGGGAAGUCAGAGGAGCAGAAGAACAAGGAGGCCGUGGAGAAGCCGGCCCCGGCGGAGGUGAAGCAGCCAGGGGCGGAGCAGCAGCAGCCGGCGGCGGCAGGUGUGGUUAGAGAACCGGCGGGCCAUUCCAACGAGGUGGUGGACAAGGCUGCGCCGGUCGAAAGAGGAGGAGGAGGAGGAGGAGGAGGAGGGGGGGAGAAGAAGGGUCCGGAUCCUGUGCUGGUCCACAAGGAGCUGGAGAAGCUGCCUGUGGUCAAAGACCCCCUGGCUGGGGCGGAUGGGGCUAAAGCCAGCAGCGUGGAGAAGAUCCCAGACCCAGUGCCUCCUGGGAAAAAAGAGGCGGCUGCCGUGGUCCCAGACGCGGAGCUGCACGAGGGGGCCCAGGAUCAGAAGGAGAAGGAUGGCUCAGAGGUGAAGGAGGCCAAAGACGGUGGAGACGACAAGAUGGAGGUCAUUAAAAAGCUUGUUGCAGAUGGUCAGCUGGACCAUGCUGUGUUACUGCAGGUGAUUCAGGAGCAGCAGAAACAGCAGCAGAGGCUCCUGGACCAGCAGGAGAAACUGCUGGCCGUCAUCCAGGAGCAACACAAGGAGAUCCACCAGGACGGCAAGCAGACGAAUGCUGAGGGUGAAGCCGGUGCCAAGCCCGCUGGGGAGGGAGCAGUGGGCGCCCCUGACCCAGGCCAGCAGCUCCAAGCUGGGGCAGCCGCCGUGGGCCAGCAGCCUGGAGCUCCAGAGGCCCCCAACCAGCCUGGAGGUGGAGCUGGAGCUGCAGGUGGAGCUGCGGGUGAGGCUGCUGUUGGAGUGGUGAAGGAGGCAGCUGCCCAGGAGCCUCUAGAUGGCGCUGUGCCGGUGGCGAAACAGGAAGCGCCCGCAGCCAAAGAGCCUGAUGUAGCAGCCGCUGCAGCGGUGGCGGGCGCCGCGGUGCCCGCACCUGAAGUGGCCAGGAAAGAGCUGGGUGCCCGCGGAGUGCCCUUGCGCCAACACGCGCCGGAACCUCCACAAGCCCAACCCGAACAGAAGCCACAACAACAACAACCGCAGCAGAAGCCAGCCGAGCAAGACGAAGCCUCGCUGAAGCUGAAGCUUGGUGAGUUGAGCGAGCAGAAGCAGAAAGAGGAGAAGGAGAAGGAGGCGCAGCGCGUGGAGAGGGAGCGUCUGCAGCUGGAGCAGGAGCAGGAGCGCGCCCGUCUGGAGCUGCAGAAGGAGAAGGAGCGUCUGGAGCGGGAGCAAGAGCAGGAGCGUCAGCAGCUGGAGCAAGACCGCGCCCGUCUGGAGCUGGAGAAGGAGAAGGUGCAGCUGGAGGCGGACAAGCUGCAGCUGCAGCUGGAGAAGGAGAAGACGGAGCGGGAGGUGAACGAGCUGGCCGAGAAGGAGCUGCGUCUGCGGGAGCAGCAGCGGCGCAACCAGGAGCUGCAGGAGGUGAUCGACGCCAAGAACGCCCGCGAGCGGCUCAACCAGGACGCCGAGGACCCCGGCGGGGUCGGUGCCCCGGGCGGUGAGUUGGAAUGA